AUAUGCUACGCCGAGCUGUGUCACGUUGGUUGGGCUGGGGUGCCCAUCACAUGAAAGUAUCACCACGUAAUGUUAUCCUUAUAACAGGUUGUGAUUCGGGUUUGGGAUUUUCCUUGGCCUUGUAUUGUCAUUCAUUGAAUAUGACCGUCAUAUCGGCAUGUCACAAUGCUAAUUCUCCCGGUGCAAAACUAUUGCAGCACCUGAGUGAUCCCAAACGUAUGAUCACAAUUGAAUUGGAUUUAUGUAAACCGGAUACCAUUGAGGAGACACAAAAACGUCUACACGAAUUAAUAAUGAAUCCCGACGAUCCAAAUCAAUAUCAAUUCACAGCCCUUGUCAAUAAUGCGGGCACUAUGUGUUUCGGUGAAUACGAAUGGCAGACAUGGCAGCAAAUCGAAAUGCAAAUCAAUGUUAAUUUAUUGGGAACGAUGCGGCUGACGAAGACACUGAUGCCGCUGAUUCGUCAACAUCGGGCACGUAUUAUAAAUAUAACAAGUCAUUGUGGUCUACAGGCCUUACCUGCUCUAUCAGCCUAUGCAGCCACCAAGGCAGGUUUGCGUUUUUGGACCGAUUCCUUACGCAUGGAAAUGCAACAAUAUGGCGUUGAGGUUAUUAACUUUAUACCCGGGUCAUUUGUUAUGUCCAGUAAUAUUUCGGCACGCCAACAGGAACAUGCCAAGGCCAUGUUUGAGGCGUUUAGCGAAGAGCAACGAGAAUUUUAUGGUGCAUAUUUUAAACGAUUCAAUGAUUAUUUGAAUGUUGUAUCGGGUUUCAAACCACCAAAUGCAGUGAAUGAUAACAAUUUAUUGGAGAAAUUUAAGGAGUGUUUAACCACAAGUCAGCCCAAGGCUUUGUAUAUUCAUGAACCAUGGCGUUACACAUGGUAUCGUUAUUUGUUCCGCAUUUGUCCCUCACCCUUUGUGGACUGGUUGUGUAUCAAAUUCUGUGCAAUGCCAACAUAUCAACAGGUCCAACGUGAAUUGCAAUUGACUACCAGCAAAAAUAAUUGUCUUUAG